GUCAGGCGUUAUUUAUUUAUUCAUCUGUGCAGGUUCAGGGACUGUGUGGGUUUUUUAUUAUUGACAAUUGUCAUGGACACUGGUUCGCACGGUUCGUUGGGCCCGACACUGAUCGAAGAGCUAAUAAUACGUGGGAUUGUUGUGAUACGUUUCAGUUGACAGCCGACUGUUGAAACAUGAGUGUCGAGAGGAAGAGGGUUAAUCAUCGGGCAUUGUUCAGGCCGAGGAGUCAAAAGGAUGAUGAUGAUGAGGUAUCGCACAGGAUCAUUAUUGAUGCGAGAAGAUCGGGAGAACUCAAUCUCUCAGGGAAGGGAUUGGCUACUGUACCUGAGAGGAUAUGGAACAUAAAUCAAUUAUCGAGGGAGGAAGCAGAGGAGUUGGGGAGAAAUCUUGAUUUUGAUGAUGAUAAGGAACGCUGGUGGGAGCAAGAACCCCUCAGGAAACUUAACUUGGGUGGAAACAGCAUCAAAAUAAUUGAUCCUAAAAUCGAAUAUUUAGCGGAGCUUGAAGAGCUGGAUUUCCAUGAUAAUUUAUUGGGGGAAACCCCUAAAGAAAUGGGAGCCUUGACGAAACUCCGAAAGCUGGACCUGUCUCACAACAAUCUAGAGAGGAUGCACAAAAAGCUCUUCACCCUGGAGAACCUGAAGCAUCUGGACUUGUCUCAUAACAACCUUUCUGAGUUAAGCCCUGCUCUAGGAGAUCUGGUGAUGCUAGAGUCGCUGAAUCUGUCCUUCAAUAAUCUAAAGGCUCUGCCAGUGGGUCUGGGGUAUCUCGUGCGCUUGUGUGCAUUCGACGUGAGCCAUAAUAUCCUCGUGGAGCUGCCACCAGAUAUAAUGAGCAUGAGAGUUCUACAAAAAUUGGACGCCAACUCGAAUCACCUGGAGGUGGUUCCUCCCCUGGGGGAGAUGAGGAAACUCGAAGCUCUGAUUUUUCACACCAACAACUUGAAGAAUUUUCCCAAUAUAACUGGUUGUAAUGCCUUGAGAGAACUCAAUCUAUCCAACAAUUCCAUCUUUGAAAUAGACAUGGAAUGCUUGGAGGACAUGGGCCAAUUGAAGUCCCUCCUACUGGCACAUAAUAACAUCGAAGUCAUCCCCGAUGACAUCAUAAAACUUCUGAAUAUGGAACGACUCGAUCUGUCCUCCAAUAAACUAACACUAAUUCCAAAUUUUGUCUGCAUAAUGCCGAACCUCAAGCACUUCAUAAUAACUGGUAACGAGAAGAUAAAGAACGUAAGAAGAGAUAUCGUUCAAUGUGGAACUCCAAGAAUUCUAAAGCACUUGCGUCAGGGAUUUGAUUCUGAGAGUCUCGAUGUCUCUCACUCAUCAGUAUCACCAGGAGCUGCUCGGAUGCCUGAUAAAUACACGAUGAAAAAUACAAAAUUGCUGAGCCUGACUGGUCAACAGCUCCAUGAAGUACCUGAAAAUAUCCUGGAGGAUGCAAAAAUAGCUGGAGUCACCUGCAUAGACCUCAGCAAAAACAAAUUACAGCAAGUACCUGAUAAACUGUCAAUGAUUCAAUCAGUAGAGGACAUGAAAAUUUCCUGUAAUCUGUUAUCCUCCUUACCCGAGUGGUUUGGGGAGCCGUUUAAGCACCUGAGGUACAUCGACCUCAGUCAGAAUCAGUUGUCCUCGUUGCCGGAGAGCAUGGGACUCCUGGAGCGCUUGAGGGAGAUCAAUAUCUCCUCCAACAGGUUCAAAGGUGUCCCUGAGUCAAUCUGCAACAUAGAAAACCUCGAGAUAUUGAUUCUCAACGACAAUCACGUUACAGAGGUAGACGUCUCGUCCCUGGGAAAAUUGCGACGACUCGCUACCCUGGAUCUGUCAAACAAUGAUAUUACACAUGUGCCUCCUGAAUUGGGGAACAUGAAGCACAUUAGGUGACAAUUAAGAUCGGCGGCUUCUGCUAAUGAUCACUCUGCAUGAUUGUUUCAAUGUUUAUUUCGAAUAAUCAUUUAGGAUGCUUGAUGUUGCAGGUAAUUGCAUAGUGUUUCCAUCCUGUCAAUACUCUGGAACAUUCAUCACUGAUUUUUUUACAGAUUUUUUUUUGUUGAUAAUUCAUUGAGUAGCAAAAGAGUUAUUCCUCGAAAAUCCCUAGCAGCUAGAGCGACGCGGCCUUCUAGUUUUUCGUGGUUAAAUUGUUUAAUCAUAUUUUCUCCUUCAUAGCUUAUAAUGCCCCCUCAAGCAUUAAAUUGCAUGAUAUCGUCAUGAUUGUCAUCCUGCUCAUGCUCUCGUCGUCAGGUCG